AUGUCAGAGAAACAAUCAGAAUCGGAAUCGAUGAAAUUGAGCUCGGAAGAGCUUUCGAGUGAGUUCAAAACCCUCGUUAGUUCCGAUGAUCUUCGUUCCCUUAACCAUUUACAACACACCAUAUUGGGAAGAUUGCAAGAUAGCAAUGCAGUUUUAUCGCAUUUCAAUGAUUUCUCUCAACAUUGUUUCACUGAGAUUUCCGGUGAUAUGGCCAGAAAUACUCGUGUCUUGAAGUCUAUCAAAUCUGACCUAGAUUAUAUUUUUCUCAAACUAAGAAACAUGAAGACGAAACUUUCUACAACUUAUCCGGAUGCUUUUCCUGAAGAUUCAAUGAGCAAAGUGAUUGAUAGAAGACCAGAUCUGGAAAUGCCUAAGUAG